AUGUCAGAAGCAUCACCUAUUCCACCAGAUGGGAGCAUCUCAGAUAUGUCCCCCGCGACGUCGACCGCCACCUCAUCCUCAAAACCACGACAAUGCAUACCGGCGACACAACUUCCACGCCAACGAAGACGCAGAUUUCCAGAACGAGUACUGCUAGAUCGUCUUCGUGAAUAUGAAGAUCUCUUGAGACAGAACAAUAUUAAGUUUGAGCCACUUCAUAAAGAAUCAACUGCGGGGAAUGAAUCUUGUCAAAUGAAAGAUCAUAAUGAUUCCAAUGAUGAACAACUGAAAACUGCAGGGGCAAAUGCUUCAUCUCCUUGGCAAGCUAUCAACUUUGAGAGAGCAUAUGGAACUACGGACGAUCGGAACUCCCUGACUGCAUUAUUCUUCUACUUGCUCUCUAUUAGAUCUAAUUCAGUUCCUCAAUCUUUGUCUUCCAUGCUUGCCGUUGCCAUCCGCAUUGCUCAACGCUUAGGUUGUCAUAACGAAUCAGUAUUAUCUCAACUUAAUCCUCUAGAGGCUGAAUUGCGUCGGAGACUUUGGUGGUCACUCGUGCUUUAUGAUUCUCGUAUGGGCGAGCUCGCUGACUCAAAAACCACAAUUCUGAAUCCUACUUGGGACUGCAAAAUUCUACUCAAUGUGAGUGAUUCCGACUUUCAUUUAGUGAUGAAGGAUCCGCCAAAAGUCCAAGGAAAACCAACCGAAGCAAUUUUCACUGUUCUGCGCAGUGAAGUGGGAAAUUAUAUUCGAAACACGAAGUUCUAUCUUGGCUUCAAUGAUCUGCCGAUAAAGCCUGCUGCCAAAGAUAUGCAGUAUGAUCCUACUACAGGAGAAAGCGAGCUCGCUGACCUAGAGAAACUGGUCGAGGAGAAAUAUCUCAAAUUUUGUGAUCCAGAAAACCCAGUACACUUCAUGGCAAUCUGGAUGACACGAAUGAGCCUUGCCAAAUGGCACUUGGUAGAACACUGGCACUUUUCCGGGAAGAACCGCUCAUCGAAAAUAGGUUUAGUACGCGAGGCCACAGUCGCCUACGCCCUCAACUUACUCGAAUGUGACACUAGACUGAUGUCCUCUCCCCUCGCCAAAGGUUUCACAUGGAUGACCAACAUGUAUUUCCCUUUUCCCGCCUACUUUCAAAUCGUACAAAACCUCAAACAACGUCCCCUCAGUCAACAAGCAGAACAUGCUUGGCAAAUCAUGACGGCUAACUACGAGGUUCGAUUUCGUACCAUAAUUGAUGAUCAGAUCCCGGAGCCUUUCUUUAAGAUUUUCGCAAAGAUCAUUCUGCUAGCAUGGGAGGUGCGCGAACAGGCUUUCAAACAGAUGGGACAGGUGAUUACGGAGCCGCAGAUCGUGAUCAAUAUUCGACGGGAAGUUGUGAAAUUGGGAGGGAAUACAAAGGAGAGUGAAGAGGAGUGUGAAAGAACGGACACGGAUAUGGACGUUAAUAAUUUUUCUAUCUUGGCGCCGAUGGGCUUUUUUAGGAUGGCCGAGGAUGAAUAUGGACAUGGAUAUGGAUAUCCUGGAACCGGAACCGGAACCAUAGGAACGGGAGCUUCUUACACUGAUACCCCCGGAAUUGGAUUCGUUGAUGGAGGUAUUAGUCAGUUGGACUGGUCGGCUAUGGAUUGGAACGCGUUGAAUGGGAAUACGCCGGCUCAUGGAACAGGAACUGGAACAGGGUCAUUUCCGUAUUGA